AUGUCGUGUUUACCACUAUCGGCACUUCUACGAUCGUACUUGAUCACAUCCAUCUCCUCGGUUCCAUUUCUCCUUCGUCCCUCCCUAAGCAUUCUAUCAUUCCUCGCCCAUGCCAAGUCGCCCCUCCUCAACCCAGAUACAAGCCCGCUGCUCCGCCUCGCCCUUAAGACUACGUUCUACGCGCAGUUCUGUGCAGGCGAGACCCCUGCCGAGGUUCGCAAUACGAUCGCAGGUCUCAAGCACACCGGGUUUAAGGGCGUCAUUCUUGGCCAUGCGAGAGAAGUAGUCUUGACCAAGGCGGACGCCGAGGGACUCGACGCAGCGAAAGAUUGUGAAGAGCAGGAGCGGUGCAAUGCGGAAGAAAUUGGCCGCUGGAGGGAAAACACAAUUGCUACCAUUGACUUGUCUCAGAAGGGUGAUUUUGUUGCCCUCAAAUUCACUGGUGCUGGCCGACAGGCUUUGCAGCACCUCAAAGCCAAUGUCCCUUGCGCUCCCAAGUUUGAAGAGGCUGUCCACGAAAUGUGCCAGCGAGCACAGGAGCGGGGCGUCAGCCUCCUGUUUGACGCCGAACAGGCUGCGCUGCAAGAUGGCAUUGAUCGCUGGACGAUGUAUUUUUCCAAGAUUUAUAACAAGGGGAACAAAGCCUUGGUGUACGGUACCUACCAAGCCUACGCUAAGCGAACGCCCGGAGUUCUGGCCGAUCACCUCGAGCUGGCUCGAUCUGAGGGCUUUGUGCUCGGUGUGAAGCUCGUUCGCGGCGCCUACCUCGGAAGUGAUCCCCGCGAGCUGUUCUGGCCUACCAUCGAGGGUACGCACAAAUGCUACAACGACUUGGCUGCGAGCUUGCUGAAGCGGCAAUAUGGAGAGAUGCUCAAGCCUAGCAACACCAAUCGUCCGGAGUUCCCAAAGAUUGAUGUCGUAUUGGCCAGUCAUAAUUCGGAGUCAGUAAGAAAGGUGCGAGAGCUCCGGGACGAACAAGUUCGAAAUGGCUCGGAGAAGGUUCGUCUAGCUUACGGUCAGCUCAUGGGCAUGGCCGACAACGUCAGCUGCGAGCUAGUUCAGGCCUCGAAAGAGGGUGCUGUCGCUGCCGACAAGGAUACUCCCCGAGCGUACAAGUACUUGGUUUGGGGCAAAAUGUCAGAGUGCAUGAAGUAUCUGUUGAGGCGGGCACAGGAAAACCGCGAUGCCGUUAGCCGAACUGUGGAAGCCAGGCAAGCAUUGGGAAAGGAGCUUGCCAGGCGGAUGGGAUUGGCCAAAUGA